UCAUAAGACGCUCGAGGUUUCAUCAAAUUCAAAUUUCAAAACAAUUUAUCAUUUCUUUUGAAUUUGUCCUUUGUUGAUUGCUCAUUGCUCGUCACGGUGUUUUGGUGCAGGUUUUUUUAAUAAUUAUAAUACAUAAUUCUUUUUUUGAUUCAAUCAAGAAAACAAAAAUCAAAGUUCUUCAAUUUCUUUAAUAACCCUUUAAAUAUUCAAAUAAUACACCAUGGUAUACCAUUUUACCUCCGAUAUUGAGGUUAACAACGCUUGGGAUGACGAGUGCUGGGGAAAUUCUAUAUGUGCUGCCGCUGAAAUAUUCCAAUGCGUUUCUUUGCAUAAAUGGAUGAAAUAUACCGAUCUACAAGAUUGGCUUGAUGUCUUAUUAAGAACUGAUUUCUGUGACAAAAGUUCUCGAAAAAACGCCGCAGUCAAAUUCAGACUUAUACCACGUGAACGUGAUAUUUUCAAUAAAACAAAACGAUUUCCUGUGGAUUCUUACGUGUCCAUGGGUAACAAAAAAAUUUCGGAUCUUAUUCUAGGUAUCAUGUCACAUCUAGAUGAUGUCAGCAGUGGUGACAUUAACGUUUCUAAUCGAGAUUUUAUUGAUGCAGUCAAGAAGCUUAAUAUGGUAUUUUGCUUAACGUCGUAUCAUGAACUAGCUGAGUAUGGAAUAUUUACACGUGAAAGCUUUGAGAAUUAUUAUUCUGUAGAAUGGAAAGAAUAGUAACCCUUGUUAUGGUCCUGGCGUGCAAAAUAUAACAUUUUUUAUUCUUAUAACGCAUAAUAAUUUAAUACUUGUAUGUUUACACUAUUAAUAGAAUGGAUUUGACUACAUAAAAAUGACAAAAAAAAUUGUUCUUUUGAUUA